AUGAUCGUUUGGAAUGCUGUUGUUACGGCAAUAAUGAUGGCGGUGGCCUGUGCCGCUGCUUCUAUCGAUGGCUCAGCAUGGGAGAAUCUCAGAUAUACCAGAACCAUUGAUCUUAGUCGGUCUUACGUUAAAGAAACUGGAUUGAUUCUGGUGAAAAAUCUCCAAGAUUCUCCUUCAAAUGAAUACUACUUGACGGUUGGAGACGGCAAUGGCUUUGUCACGAGCAUCUCUGCCAUUUCUGCUGCGUUAAUGGACCUGAACAUGCCAAUUGAGCCGGAAUUGGUCGAACCAUUCGUCUAUAAAUUGACUUUCCCAGUGCCGGUGGCUCCACAAUCAACGUUGGAUAUCAAAGUUAGAUUUGUCUACGUGGAUGCUUUACAGCCAUUGCCUGCUAAGAUUGACUUAGCCGAAAAACAGAGCUUGUUGUUGAAGCUCAACAAGUUUGUGUUUUCUCCAUAUAAAACCACCGAUUACACAUUAUCGUUUUCGGGAAUCACCAAAGGUCAAGAGAUGGAAAUCACCACGGCAAACCUCAAAGCGUCGGAAAACGUUCCGGACGUUCGUCCUCAGGUCCAGGAGAACACAUUGCAAUAUGGUCCUGUUUUGGAGACAUUGGAGCCAUAUACCAUUCAACCCAUGGGUUUGUUAUACGAGCAUAAUCGUCCACUUCUCUCAGCCACCAACUACAACCGUUCCAUCUGGCUACCAGGAUCCGAAGUUGGCAACGUCCUUAUUGAAGAGUACUACGAAUUGACCAAUAAAGGAGCUGAAUUACUGAAGGGGUUCCUGCGUGUCGAAUGGAUGAAGGGAAAAUAUGAGCAAUCCAGAAACCAUUUUGCUCUUUCUCACUUGGAAUACAACGCCAAGGAGCUGUUUGACGAUUACUACGUCACUGACUUGGUGGGACAAGUUUCGAGCCAUCGUAAAAUUGCCAAUAACCUUCUUAUUCAACCACGGUUCCCCAUUUUUGGUGGAUGGAAAUAUAAUUUCACCUUGGGAUACCACGGGAAAUUGGGUGAUUAUGUCCACAAGGUGAACGAUGAGCCAGAUACUUACAUGGCAAAGAUUCCUUUAUUGAAUACAUUGCGUGAUGCUACCUAUGGAGACGUCUACUUGUCAUUCUACUUACCUGAAAAUGCCGAGUUUAUUGAUUUUGCUUCUCCAAUUGCUGCCGAGUCUCUCGACUUGGGGAACGAGGCAUCGUACCUUGAUGUUUCUGACGGCCAUGUCAAGGUGACGUUGCAUUACAAAAACUUGUUUGACGAUUUGAGUAAUCUCGAUGUCUUCAUCAAGUACCGGUACACCAAGACCAACUACUGGUGGAAGGUGAUCAAGAUUGCUGGCUUCGUAUUCAUUGGCUUGACCAGUUACUUCUUAUUGAGCUUGAUCGAUAUAUCCAUCGAGAAGGAGGAGAAAAAGUAA